GCUGCUGAAAAUCAAUCUAGCCCUAGCGCUUAAAGCUUGCCACCCUGUUAAGAAACUCGCUGUGUAAGUGUAAAAUAGGAAGCGGGUAAGUAGCAUGGACGUAGGCAAAAUUGACGACGACGCGCAGCGGAUUAGGUGGCAACAUUUUCGACUCACUGCAUUAGCUUCCAAGAGGAACCAGAAGUUGCCCGCGUUUUGCUGCACUUUCCUGAAGGUACUUACGUUUUCUGCACUGGAUUGCAUUGAGAGCUGCUGAAAAUCAAAAUAGUGUGAGUAUGAGUAUUUUUACAGGAAACUUGGUUCCGUGAAAAAAUUACAAGCCUCUUAAUAAUCGAUGUAAUGUUGUCAUCUGAUCUCUUUUAUUUCAUUCUGCAAACCACAAUAAUCGCCAACAGCAUUAGCAGUCGCAGCUACGAGGAAGGGUGACCACCGCGAGCUUGCCCAUGACGUUGGAGAGAAAAGGCCCGGCAGAACCAGGAAACACUUCCUCAGCUGCAACCAGUCCUCAGGAGCAUGAUUUUGCUUAUGAAUUCAACAUUUCUUUUUGUUCAUCAUCUUCUAGGACUUACAUAACAGCAAUAUGCGGGAGACUUUUUUCCGGCCACCUUGAGAAGCGCACACGCAAUUCUUUUUCUUCAUCAUCAAUGGCAAAAGCGAUGAAGCUCGGAGAACCAUCUUCACGACGUCCUCAAUGCCGCCGCAGUGCUGGCUCUAAAGCGAACAUUCAAAGAACAACGCCUCCGAAAGGAAUGAAGUGCAGUGAAAAUCGCAACACGUACCUGCGCCGCUUAUCGACAGGUCCCCGCUAUUCAUUGCAAAUAUGUCAGGGUUUGGCGCAUUACACAGCUUGAGAUGCUGCCUUUGGAUAAUUCUACGAAAAAUUGUAAUGCAUGCGCAGCAAGUGCAAGAGGAGUCCUGUCCAGCUUUUGCCACGCGGAAGGGGCUUUUGUCAUGCGGUAGGGGCACCACGACCACCAGGAAACCCUCACAGAAUCUGUGUUGCUAGCGCAUGCGUCCCAGACUCAGACAUCAUGUAAAAUGUGCAUGAGAGAGACUCAGACUCAUGCAGCGUGGAUCGAUGCAGAGGGGGACCUGCUCCGGCGACAGGCGCUAUCCAACCAACCAGCCAAGUUUUGCAAUCUUCCAGACCCAAACAUGUUUGCAAAUGAUACCUGUGGUGCAGUGAAACGACAGCACGACCUGCAACAUCACCACAGAUCUACUAGUAGUAAGACCCCUUCGGCUACUAGUUCUGCUUGUGGCGCCCCGUCUCCAACAAGACUGUUUGCGCUCUCCAGCAUCUUGAAAGUUGUUCUGUUUGCGCACCAACUCGUCCUUUUAUUCGCGGCUGGCGCAGGAAGCGGCAGCUCCGGAGGAACAAGUCCGCCCUUGUCCAAAAUUCCGAGCUUUCUGGGAAAGAAGCGGAGCAGCACUAAGCAGAGUGAUGCGGAAGAAGAUGGAGCUACUACUUCUAUGCAUUGCAAAUAUGUCUGGGUCUGGAAUAUUGCAGCUUGUCAUACUAAGUCUGGAUCAUGCGAAAAUCUGUGUUGUAUGAUUAUCAAAAGUUGUAGUUGUCCAGUUUUGAUCAGGUUGGGAGGGCGUUUCUCAUGCAGGAUAGGCAUGACGUUGAUAGAGAAAGAGAUCUCACAGCACUUAUCAUCCUAGGUGCUGCAUUCCAGAUCUUAUCUUAUGGGUCAUGGAAAACCGGCAUGACAGAUCUUGCAUUCUUCCGGAUCGAGACAAAUUUGCAUUUGAUAACUUCUUCUGGGACGAUGGAGGGGGUCUCCGGCUCCGGCUCCUCCUCUUCCCAAACCGCCGUCUCUCCCCUCACAGACGCCCCAUUGAAUGAGUACGGGCAUCCGCAGGUCUCGGGAAUGGACGUUGACGAGCAAGAGUUCACCUACGGUGUGGAAAUCCCUAGCACCGAACCCGGCCGCCUGCAGUACCUCCGCAGCAUGAUGCUGGAUGACUUACCGGACCAAGAGAUCGAAGAGAUCACCAAGGUGUGUCAGGAAAUUUUUCGCGUUCCCAUGGUACUGGUCAGCAUUGUCGAAUCGGAGCGGCAGUGGUUCAAAUCAGCUAUCGGAUUCGGAUGCAGCGACACCGCACGGGAGGUUAUUACAAUGAAAAAUGCCCCCACCCCCGAACUUGGGAGCAUUUGUAUUGCAAACCUUUCCAAAUGAAACACUCCCACUCGCCCUCUUGCAUCCAUCAGCAUCGCAGGUUUCCAAUCAUGAAUAGCAAAAAUUUGUAUUGCAAAAGACCCCAGUCCCAGCAAGAGCGGCGCUUGUCAUGCAAGCGAUGCGAUACACGCCUAGACUCUGCAUCAGAAAGAUAAAGACUCACACUCCUUUCACGCAUGACAAAAAGUUUUUAUUUGAAAACUUCGCAUCACAAAUUUUUGAGAUGUCGGCGCCGUUGUUUUAGCAUCACAAAUUUUUGAGAUGCUCGCGAUGUUUUUCGCGGUUCUGACCCUAUGCCGUUCCAGCGCCUGCGGAGGCUUGCCUCCCCAGCGAUGAUGGACAAUGGCAAUGUCGGCGCGGUUGUUUUAGCGUCACAAAUUUUUGCAGUUUCAGAGGUGGGGGGCAUUUUUCACUGUAAUAGAGGUGUCAUUUUGCGCACACAGUUUGCUGAUGGAUUGUCCGGAGAUUCUCUACGUCCCGGACGCGACGCAGGACCUAUCAAAUGCAAAAAUGUCUGGGUCUGGAUGAGUGGAACUUGUAAUGCUGUCUGCGGAUUCUAAAAAUAUCUGUGUUGCAUGAGCAACAAGAGGAGUCAGCUCUUGGCACGCGGAGAGGGCAUUUGUCAUGCGUAAUUAGAAUCAAGAUAGAAGAAAAUCUGUGAUGCUAGCACCAGCAUCACAGACCUGACGGGUCAUGCAAAAUGUGCAUGACAAGCCCCGACUCUUCCAGACCCAGACAUAUUUGCAAUCCAUAGGACCGGCGUUUUAUGUACAACUCCCUGGUGCGUAACGACCCGAAGCUGAGGUUCUAUUGCGGUUGCCCCAUUAUCGUUGAGGGCGUCCGCCUGGGGGCGUUGUGCAUUCUGGACACCAUCCCCCGCGUGGACAUGACGCAGGAAAAAGCCAUGCUCCUGUGCAACUUCGCCGACAUCGUUUCCGCGGCGCUCGCACGCACGAAGAACCGCAGCGAGCACUUUGACAUGCUACACAAUAGUUGCUUUCUACUGGACUUAGAGCGGGAGCCCGAGCACGAAAUCAAACGGAAGUUGAUCAUACGCGAAGAGCCGACGCUGAGCCAAAAUAGCAACAACGAGAAGGUGGACAUAGCCGACCUUUCCAGCGGCGCGCCUCGGUCCUCGCCGCCCUGGCAGCAGAGCAGCGAACUGCGCGAGAACCCGACUAUCGUAGAGAAGUGCAAACGCAACGAAGACGGUGAGAUGGUUUGCGCCGACGACGCAGGGAGCGACGGUGAAGGCAAGACGUUUGGUCGCAUCUUGUACUCGAACCGGCUGGGAAAACAGCUGGUUGCAGCCUUGACGCCGACAAAUGAGGCGGAGGGCAGCGGAGCCCGGGCAGCAGGUCGGUCCAAGGCAGGCUCGGCCUCGGCGACGUUGCCGGGCGGGGAGCCAAUCUGUGGAGCGCCGUUCUCCUGCUGGAUUCCUCCGGGGAGUGCGCAUAACAGGCAAGACGAAGAGGUGCAUCACUUCUCCGAUUUGGUGCACGUUACCGACCACCGAGCGGUCCGCGAUGCAAUCUUCAGCAGGGCGGCGAUGCGCAGGUCGUCGGCUGCCAGCGUGGUGGUGUUUCCGGGGACGCGCCGGAAUCCCGAGCGCGCUGGCACCGUCUGCUACUGGCAUCCCGCUGCGUUCCAAGCCCGCCCGCACAAGUUCGGCGACAACAUGCAAACCGUAGUUUCCUACCCCUACGUGGACACAAACGAGAAUGCGGCGCCGAGACCAAAAGGGAACGAACAAAGCGAAAGCGAGAGCUCUGCGCAUCAAGAUGACACAGGAACUGCUUCUACUUCCGCGAACAAACAAGACACGUUGAAGAAAAUGGGAUCUAGUGUCCCAACUGAAUUUGGCAAGAAUGGCGAAAAAGUAAGAGGGUUUGUAGUGAUAAAGGACUACGACCCCAACAACGAUCCCAGCCUUAGCUUCGAGCGGGCACGACGCAAAUAUGAAGAAAACGAACAAGAGGCGAGACCACUGUUUCCAGGUGCAGGGCCCAACAUCACGCCAAUCAGGACCCGCGGGGACCUGGACUGGUUCCUGAACAUUAAGCACAAGGAGAAACGCAAGACCAGUCACAGAGGGCGCAAAAGAGGCAAGCCCGCCCACGAUCUUACUGUGAUAGAAGACUUGGAUGCCUCUCCUGAGCAACAACCAAGCGUGGUGGACGACAGAUUCUCCAUUGCCCCGAUAAUCAAGGACGGAGAUGCCGGCGACCUAUUGGGGACGGAGAACGCAGAGGUGCGGCGCGAAGCUGGGACUAGUUCUACGACGGAGAGAAACAACGCUACUCCUCUUCUUGAUGCCUCGAAAAUGGUGAAGGGCAAGGGGGUUUUGCGGGAACAAAAGGAAAACCGAACGAAAGACGAGCACCUGGCGGAGGGCGAGAAGCCGAUACUGUAUGUGCUGCUGGUGUCCAGCAAAUUCUGCCAGGCCUGCACGCUGUUUCGCGAAUUCUACUGCACCGCGAGCGUGCCGUACAACAGCCACCGCGUCAGCUUCGCGGAAGUGGACGUGGGCCCUUCCUACGGCCUGGCGCCCUCCCUAGUCGGAGGAAAACCACUUGUGCUUCCGAUGCUGCUGUACUUCGACCGGCACGGUACUCUGCUGGGGGAUCAUCGGAGCAGGCACCUCGACGUCACCACUGCCUCGGAAUUCCGGGGCCAGUUGUCGGACCACAUCCAGGAUGCCGAAGAACGGGAGACCUUCGAGAAGGAGCAGGAGGCCAAUGGCAAGUUGCCCCCCCGAAAGGUGGUGCCCGACAGCGACGAGUCAGAUGACGAGGACGAGGACGACGAAUCGGCUCGCUUCUACGCAUUGCAAACAUGGCUGGGUCUGGAGACAUGCAAAUUUGAUGUGAUCCGCCCUGCGCGUCACACAAAAAUCUGUCGUGCAUCACUGCCAAAAGAUGCUUCGCUUGCCCACUUUGUUUUGGUCGAUUUGAGGCAACGUCUCUCAUGCCGGAUAGGCAUUGUAAUUGUAAAGGUUUCCAUUGCGCGAAGAGUCUGGUGUAAUGCUGCGCCCUGCAUUUAUUUUCCAGACCUCAAAGGGCAUGCUGGAAAAGCUGCAUGAGCAUGACAAACAUCUACACUCAUCCAGACCUCCCAGAUAUGUUUUGCAUUUGAUAGCUUCGAAAGGGAAAGCCAGGGCCUGAGUGGACCCCCCGGCAACGCAGGGGCACGAGGGCCGACGCCGAGCGGAGGUCUCUGGCGGGCCACUCGCCCUACACCUGCGAGACAGGCUUUUUUGGGUCCGAGCGAGGAACUACAGCAGCCAGGACGUACAGAGGACACUGGCACUGCAACAAGUGAACCACGGGGCCAGCAACUGGGCCUGCGAGAGGCCGUUGCUCAUGGAGAACCUCCUCCCCUGGCUACUUCGGGGGUUCCGAGCAGUUCCUCCUCAUCUACGGUUAACAGCAAAAAUAGUGUGGGUGCAGCGACUGGCACCGGCUCCACUGCGUCCGGCACAAAUUAUGUUCGACCUCCACAAGGUCAAGGUGCUGCAGGGACAGCAGGACGAGCAGCAGCUGCAGGAGGAACAAUGCAGCUCCCUAGUAUAAUAAGUCCGUCCAGCCAGACAACUCCGUCUCCGACAUCACAGCCGGACGAGAACCGCACGACAACAAAACCCGAAAAGAAAACCCUGUCUGGAGCCUUCCUUCGCAGCAUCACCUCCUUGGUUCCCGCCCGGAUCAUGCGACAUUCGUCCACCUCGUCCGUUCGGGGAACACCGCGGACGUCCUCCCAUCCAAGGCUCUUCCUCUCGCGAUCCUCGUCUGAUACUUUACUGAAAAAUGGCCCGCCCCCAGAAAAGCGAGCGGUUUGCACUGCAAGAAAGCUUGUUCUACGAUGCACAGUAGUAGUGGGUUUGGUCAGUGGAGAAUUCAGCCGCAUGAAGAUACACACAAAAUAAUAUAUUUAGCGUAUAUUUAUAACUCAGAGCCAGCUGGUCCUCGCGGUCGCGCAGCAUGAAGUCAGACGUACUCAGCAGCAGCGAUACAGCUUUGCGCUUCUCUGGGUCGAGAAUUUGUGCUGCGGAUAUGUACUCGCGCAAUCACAAUUGUUUCCACAUCCACUUCGAAUCUUCAGCUGCGAACGUUACAGUACUUAAUAGCCCUGACUUUGUUUUUCUGGUGGGGCGGCAUGUUUUGCCUUGAUGUCAGGACGAGAAGAGAGUUGCGGGUCCGGUCCCGGUAUGGUGGGCGGCAAGAAACCGUGUCGCGAUAAGAAAAGUUCAGGAUAUGCUUCUAAGUCCGCGAACACGGGAAAGGGCUGCUCUACUGUGCUGUCGGGGACCUCGCCCAAGAAAGCCUGCCAGUUUACAAAAUUCAUUGCGCGGAUAGACGCUUGUGACGAAGCCAACGCGUGCCAAACCAUGACUACAAUCCACCGGUUGCGAGCCGAGGACCGCGAGACGGCUGCACAGUUUCUCGAAAGGCAGGUCGAGCAAAGGCUGCUCCAGUCGAAAAAGCGGAGCACGGACGGGCCGGUCUCCGCAAGAGUCUUUUUGGAGCAGGACCUGGAGUCCUUUCGCAUCGACGAGAACGGCGAGAGGCACGUGCGGACUGUUCUAGCCUGCCCAGCCCAAGCGUGUCCCGAGGGCAAAAUGGAGGUAGACGAGGGCGCGGGAACAAACACGCGCAGGCUCAUGUUCAUCUCUCCGGGCUGCACAACGGACGUUCCCGAAGCCGGGCCCGCCGACACGCUCUCUCUGCGGAGAGAAACCUGGGCCAACUGCGUGCAUGUUCUGUUUGCCGAAAAUGUCUACCGCAAAGCUCUCCAGCUGCUGCUGACGUCAUUCGAUCACGAUUCGUUGCGCAAAAAUGCACUUUCGGCCGUCGACAAGCGGCAGAUAUUGAUGGCGAAAGUGCAGUUGCUGGAACGUCAGUGCCGCAACAAGGGCGCGGACAAAAAGAAGGGGAAGUGUGGAAACAAAAGGAAAACAAACAAAAAGGGUUGCACGGUGACGCUUGUAUCCAAGAAAAAAACUGUGCGAGUGUGGCUGUCUAGUUGGUAGCAGAAUGUUGACAAAUUUGUUCUGCAUGUCAGAGAAAUCAUCUUGUCAUGUGCAGCGAGUUCCAGUUCGUGAAAUAAACAGAAUACAUGUAUGAAGCUGGGAGAUCAUGCAUGGCUAGCCAGCUUCACAACUUCAACUGUACUAAAAGUAGCUGUGUUGCAUGCAGCUUGACAUUUUGACAAACUUUUACAGAUAUUACAGUUAGACAGUUUUUUUCUUGCAUAGCUUGCCCGCAACUUUGAAAACAACACCGAUGACGGGGACGUCGACUUUCAUAUCCUGUGUAAAAGCGUUGACGUCCCCAGAGCUGUCAGAAAGUACAUAAAAGAACACCCGACCAGAGUUCUCUUCAUGCAGAUCUGCAAUUUUAUUUUUACAGGAACGCCCGUUGUAAUGCUAAUGCGCAUCCCUCUACACUACUAGUACUAUUAGAGGAACUUUCAAUCGUGUUUUGGCAUUUAUUGUAAUGAGCAGGGUAUCUAAUUUUUAAGGCAAUGAAUUUUUGAAGGUGCAGCUAUCCUUGCUAAACUGCACUAAAAUACAGAGACGAGCCAACAUGAUUUCCUCCAAAACUUUUUCUUUUGAGCUUGUGCUGCUAAGUUGUUUCCACCUUGUUGACUCCGGGGCGGACACUUUUUUGCUCAGGAUACGUCCGGAAACAGAUGGCGCGGAGGAGAAAAAGAAAAAGGAGAAGAAGCCGCCCUACGCGUUUAGCGGAACCAUCCGUCGCACCCUGGAAACGCAAAUCAAAGACAGUCAGAUUCACGUCUAUGGCGGCAACCGGUCCUCCGUCCUGGCGUCGCAGAUGCGCGACCGCGGCUUGGAUGCUCGGCAGGCAAAGACUCGCCGCGUGUACGCAGAUCAGCUAUUGCGCGACAUCUGGCCGGGCCUGAAUGCGAACCACGACCCGGAAGUGCCAGGGGAGACAUCACCGGACGCCGACGGUAGUACCGGGGCGCGAGCACGCUGCUGCCCGGGCGGAGCUGCUUCCAGCAGCGACCGCUUCAAGCCAGCCACGUUGAGUUCGGAACAGGAGGAACAAAAGAAAGCCUUGCUAUAUCCUACAGAAAAAAGUUCCCCGCAGGGCAUUUUUUAAUUUGGAUCGAUAAAUGCAAAAAUAGACAACUGCCAUGUUGGACGAGCCUCUCACAUGCUGCUUGAGACAUCAUGUCAGCGUCGACUAUUUCUAUUUCAUUUUGCUGCGUUCCAAACAUGCCCGGCGCCGGCCACCUUUUUGCUGUCUGAUAUUCUGAAGGAAAAGUCCAUGGUGCUGCCCGUCAUGCUAUCCUGUGUAAAAACGUCCCCGCCCCGGAGAUGUUAUGCUUAGUUUGCAAAUCUGCAAUCCUGAAAGAGUAAAAAAUGUUUAUCGUACGCUUCGGCUUCCUCACCCACCCCCGGGAAGGGAAUCCUUGGGCUGUGGCGCGGGGGUGAUGGUGUCCACUACGAGAUGAUGAUGCGUAGCCCCAUUAGCAGGGCUUUCCAAUGCUCUCCGGGGGGUUGUCAUGCUGGAAAUGGAAUCAGGAUAAGACGCUGGAUUUGUGAUUUAGUGGCUUCACAGGCUGACGUGACCGGAAUUAUACUACGAGCCCAAACUUUAACUUGUCAUACCGAGACGUCCUGCCCGUAGAUCAGCGAUGUCAUGCGAAACACACAGAGCAUGUUUUUGUUGGAGUGUAGAGAAUAAUCAAAAUGCACAGCUUGACUCUGGGCUGGGGGCGUUGUUCCUGAGGAUAGAUGCAUCCGGAUGGGCGAUGCGGACGCCCCAUAGCCAUCAUCGAUGUUGUCGAAAAACGCCGCACUGUAGUCUGCCAAGUCGAGUGGUUCGUUCGCAUCUGCGACCACAUCGGGAAGUCGAAAAGCUCGAUGUACGUGAUGCUGUGUGAGCACCGGCACACCACUGACCUGGCGAACCUGAUUAUCCAAGCAAAAAAAUGUGUACUUAAGUGUGAAUCUAUGAUGCGAUGAAUAGAUGACAUGCAAUGCAAAUAAGUAUUUUCUUGACGGCACUUGCCCUGCCAGACAGUCACGGAGCCCCCUUCUCAUUAUGCAAUUUUCGCACGUAUUCCCUAGGUAUGACAGCAGGGCAGGAUUUGUCUGCCAUGUUACCACCUCAACAAGAAAGCGUGCACUAUCUAACCAACGCAGCUGUUUAUUUUUUUCUGGAUACUCGUCGGGGAAAUCUUGAGCUGGGAACGCGAGAUCUUUGACGGCGCACGCGUAUGCAUUGGAAAUUAUAAUAUGUCUGGGUCUGAGUCUGACACAAUGCAAGAGUACUUAAGUAGAAUGCUGGUUGUCUGAAAUGUCUCCCACUGCGUGAAGAUGCAUCGUGACGAGAGGAUCUGUGCUGCUUGCCUGUCAGGGGUAAGUAAUAUGUCAAGAGGAAACUGAAUACGUAAGGGCAAGCGCGCAUAAAGCUGUGGCUGUCAUGCGCGCCGGCUGCAAAUAAGUAAAUCGCAAUUGCAAGGCGCCAGGCAUCGUAGUAUAUGAUAAUUCACAGACCCGCGGCAUCCAGUUCCGCACCCAGAUAUAUCAUCUUCAUUUCAUAACGGGGGGACUACAGGUUGCUGUGCAUGCGCCCGCCCCCGGCGCCACUGGGUGACGCCAUGCUUCGCGAACGGCUUACGAACAUCAUUUCCAUCUGCUUCUGCCUCGACCGCGACCCCCAGGACCAGGCCAAAGCGAUCCAGGAACAUUUUGAGGAAGGAGACGAGGACGAGGAGGAUAUCGUAUUUUAAAACGUCCCUACCCCAUAGUUGUAGUGCAAAUCUGCAUGCUGAAAAAAAUCCGAAGCUCCAUGGGAAGCAUUUUCUAGUAGUGUUUCGGAGUUCGUCAUGCUCCAAUCAGCAUGGCCGAGAAACUAGCUCAAGCAGCACUACACUACGAGUCCAGAUUUAUCACGCGAAACAGCCACAGCUUGUGGAUUUAUCUAGCCGAUUCCCCAUCUUGACUACGGGGUGGGGACGUUUUGCUCAGGAUAGAGGAGGAGGACGACGAUGACGACGACGACGACCCGUCUCCCCCCGCCACGAGAGGCAUGCACUUAUCAUAGUCUUCUAGUGUAUAUAUUACUCUAUCUUCUCGUCCGUAGGAAACCUGCUGCAACGUACAAUACUAAGAAGACGAAGAGCAAAUGAAAGUAGCGAACUUCGAGAGCAGUUGCACUUGCAAGAAGAGUUACUUAUGCCCAGCAUCAAAACAAAUACAAAUCGAAAUCACAGACGAGAACGACAAAGGAUCUAGAGGCGACGCUAGGAAAGCAUCUCCGGCGCAAGAUCGACAAGCAGGUACUACUUACUUCUUUUAAGCACAACUAAGUAGCCUUCUGAGCAGUAACUACAUGUGCAUGUAUUUGCAUCUCUCGUCUCCGUUUGGGGCUUUCAGCCUGCUUCGAUCAUGUGCGGCUGUGCUCGUCGGAUCUGCCUCGCGGGACAGGCAAACAGUAGGCCUGAGAGCAUUUGUUCCGUCGGAGCUCUGCUUUGAGUAAGAACCCCGAGGACCACACCUCUGACGCACUUUGUUGUUGAAGUAGAGGCUUCAACUUUUUGCUGGUAUAAGGCAGGGACGACAGCAUGUUGGAGUUGGACCGACUGAUGAGAGCAGGUACUAUGAAAGAUAAACAACUGGAACAAGAAAUGUGACUACAUUCACCAGGGCGCCGCCGCAUUGGUGAGGGUGAUAACGACGACAACGACGACACCACGCGAGGUUAUCGUAGAAAAAUCUGGGGCACGACCAAACACUAACACAUGUGAUUUAAGUACGAAUGCAUGAAGUGAUGCCAGUCUCAGUUUCGGCUUUGCAUCUUCUUACGUGUAGUUCAUGAAGAAUCAAUGCAGAUGGGACGAUCGUGCUUUCUUCUUUUUCGAGUCGGACCGACCUGCAGAUGACUUCGAUCAAAGAAGAAGUAUCAUACUUGAUGUCAAAAUUAUUUGCAGACCAUUUGACUGGUGUUGUGUUCUCUCCCAAAUUUUUUGUGGCGAUACUUGGCAGCGCCCUGACCAUGAAGGUGUCAGGCAACGUCAAGCGGCGCAACGAGAGCCGCUUUCCGAGCGGGCGAAAUGCGGUGAUGUUGACGCCGAGCUGGCCCAGGAACUCGAGACGAAACUGCGGCUAUAUGCUACAAGAAAACUAUACCAAUAUCCCCACAAAAAUGGCACGUAAAAGUAAGUAUUACCUUUGCAGCAAGUUCUUUCCAAGAAAGAUAGUUUUUUCUAGCCGCCCAGACGGGACCCCGAAAGGCGAAAGUGCCUAUAUCCAGCAUCAUGGGAACGAAGACGGAGGACACGCAAACCCGCAUAUAUGUAUGAGUAGACGUAACAACUUUUCAAUGCAGAAACACGAGGAAAAUCAGGUACUUCAGCCCUGCAGAUGCAUUUUUGCACACGACAGCGCGUCUUGUAUUGCAAAGAGAAAAACCGAAAUCGACGACGAUGCCGAAGAGCGAUUGUGACUGCGUCAUGACUUCCUACUCCCAGGCCAUUUUCACCUUUCGCGCGCGCGAGGGGUGAAAAGGGACUGAGGGUAGCAAGUCACGGCGUUCUACCUUGAGCCAAAAGCGUCUUGAUGCAGACGUCACGUCACUGCCACUUAGAUCCACAAGUCUCAAUGUGCAACAGGUCAGUGGGCAUGCGCUUGAGCUCGGGCGCGUUGCAUAUUAAGACCUGUGGCUCCAAGGCGCAGUGCCCUGCAUUCUGCCACUGAACGACUUUGGCGGAAGGCACAACGCCGUGCCUUGUCCCGGCUUUGUACUUACCGUGAGCCAAAGGCGCUGCGAUGCAGACUUGAGGUCACUGCCAUAAGGGACCCCGGUUGGUUCUCAACUUGCAGCAGUACGAUGAAAAUUGGCGUGGCCCUGCUGUAGAUGCAUGAGGCCUGCCACGAGCAUUGGGCAACGUCCGCGCAUAGGAACAGCACUCGGCCGCGGGGCCAACAGGGGCGGCGCUUGUCAUUUACGUCCCGGCGCUGCCCUUCAUCGUGAUAUCAAGCGCGCGAGGGAUUAGCUGUCGCCGCGCGCUGGCUGCAGCCAGUGCGAGAGGUGCGCGCAGGGGGGCACCGACACGGGGUAACAGUGUCGCACCAAGCAGCCCCAGCCGGGGCCGGGCAAAUACGUUGCAGAGAGGGCUCCGACCGACAUCCAUGGGUGGAGAAGCUCGUGCAAUAUUUGAAGGGCAAGAAAACUGAAAAGCAAGCGCCAGCGUGGUUCAUGUGGGCGCCCGUCAGCACGAAAUGGCGCAGCUGGGGGGGGGUUCGAAGUUAUCCGUGGCCCCGGGCUAAAUUCGGGCCACUCUUUCGCUAUAGCGACGCUGGCCGCUCACUUUAGCGAGCGCGCCGAGGGGAGGGGCGGGCGCCAAUCUCCCCUCCAUAAAAUCGACGACGAUGCCGAAGAGCGAUUGUGAUGAUAUUUUUCAUUUUUUCUUGGAUAAGCUGGAGCCUUCCACCGAAACGAGUCAAGUUGGGGCCCAGCAAACUGUGCGAGGUGAUCUCACAAGCGCAAACCUGA